AUGAUUGACACCUGUGAGGAGAGGGUGGCCUCAGUAGCAGCGCAGGUGGGGGUGCGGGGCCCCCGAGACGCCGCUGCCCCCCUGCUGCGGGCCGACCUGGCAGAGCCCCUCUUCAGUGCAGGUCCCAAUCUGAAGGAGUGGCUGAGGGAACAGUUUUGUGACCACCCUCUGGAGCACUGCGAGGACACGAGGCUCCAUGACGCUGCCUACGUGGGGGACCUGCAGACCCUCAGGAGCCUGUUGCAGGAGGAGAGCUACCGCAGCCGCAUCAACGAGAAGUCGGUCUGGUGCUGUGGCUGGCUCCCCUGCACGCCACUGCGCAUCGCGGCCACUGCCGGCCACGGGGACUGCGUGGACUUCCUCAUCCGGAAGGGGGCCGAGGUGGAUCUGGUGGAUGUGAAGGGGCAGACGGCCCUGUACGUGGCUGUGGUGAAUGGGCACCUGGAGAGUGCCCAGAUCCUCCUGGAAGCCGGUGCCGACCCCAACGGAAGCCGGCACCACCGGAGCACUCCUGUGUACCACGCCUCGCGCGUGGGCAGGGCCGACAUCCUGCAGGCCCUCAUCAGGUACGGGGCCGACGUCGACAUCAACCACCACAUGAUCCCGGACAUCCGGCCCCCGUUCUCCCGGCGCCUCACCUCCUUGGUGGUCUGCCCCUUGUACAUCAGCGCAGCCUACCACAACCUGCAGUGCUUCCAGCUGCUGCUCCAGGCGGGGGCGAACCCCGACUUCAACUGCAACGGGCCCGUCAACACGCAGGGCUUCUACAGGGGCUCCCCUGGGUGCGUCAUGGACGCCGUGCUGCGCCACGGCUGUGAGGCGGCCUUCGUGAGCCUGCUGGUCGAGUUCGGAGCCAACCUGAACCUGGUGAAGUGGGAGUCCUUGGGCCCAGAGUCCAGAGGCAGAAGGAAGGUGGACCCCGAGGCUCUGCAGGUCUUCAAAGAGGCCAGAAGUGCCCCCCGGACCUUGCUGCAGCUGUGCCGCGUGGCCGUGAGGCGAGCUCUGGGCAAGCACCGGCUCCACCAGAUCCCCUCGCUGCCGCUGCCGGGCCCCGUGAAGAGGUUCCUGCUGCACCAGUAGCAGCCGAGGGUAGCUGAUCUCCGCGCAGGGGGAGGCCCUGGCCACGCUGAGCCUGCUCCUCGCCCUGCAAGCCCAUCCUGUGCUGCCCUGACCUCCUGGCCGCUGCGGGCAGACGGCUGUUCCCUGGGCUGUGACUGCAUCCCAGGUGCUUGGGCACCGGCCGGCCCUGGGCUGCUCUCGCUGGGAGGCGCGGACACAGGGCCCUGCGCUUCCUCUGUGUCAGGUCCCCGGGCUGAGUGUGGCUGGAGGUGUGUGUGCCGAGUGCAGUGGCGGGGUGUGAGCUGGCUCCCCACCAGCGCGCCCUUGUCUGUCGCGAGGUGGGGCUGCAGGAUAGCACCGCUCUGUCCUUCAGAGCUUCCUGCGCCCU